AUGCUGUUUAAGGAGCUCGCAGGGUUCGCAACUUCGUCCCUUUUUAGUCAUGGAAUAGCACUAGACAAGCCUUUCAUGUCCGUCUCAAACCAUUCAAGAAUACACUCUCACUGGAAUUUUAAUGGAACAUCUAUGAGGAACCACUUGAAUGGAAUAAAUUUGUCCUUCUGGUCAAGCUACAGAUAUGGAAACUCAAGAGUUAAACAUUUGGAAUACCUUGGUUCCAUACGCCAUUUCUCUACCAAGGCGGAGCUAUCUGGUACAGGAAAAUCUGAGAAACAAAAGAGAAUAUCCCUGAGGGAUCCAAAGUAUAAAACGGGAUGGAAAUGUCUCUUGAGGUGCAUCUACUUGGAGCGCUUUAUGGUAAUUCCUACAAUGAUUGCACUCUUGAUUUCAAGUGCGGUCAUUUCAUCAUUUCCAAUGGCUGUAGGUAACUUUGUAAAUAAGUUCUCUGUCUCAGAUAAUCCGCCAAUACCGCUAUACACGUGCAUCCUUGCCGUUUUAGCAGCUGCACUUUCUUCAUUUGCAAAGUCCACACUUUCUAUUUUAGUUGGCGAUAGAAUAGCCAUGCGCCUAAGAAGGGAUACAUUUGCUAAGCUUAUGAAAAAGGGGAUCCCAUUUUACGAUUCAAAUACAUCUGGAACUCUUUGCAGUGUGCUCACGAGUGAUGUGAUUGUUGCUUCGAACGUUGUCAAUCAUAUGUGCCAAAUAAUACGUUCUGGGAUUACUUUUCUAGCAGGUACAACUUUAUCUCUCACAUUGGCUCCCAUUUCUCUGUUUGCCUAUACUGUACUCCCAGUGGCAGCCUCAAUGUUUGUUAUAUUUCCCUCUGCUAGGUACAUUCAGAGACUUUCAGCGAGUAAACUCAAGAAUAUUUCCCUAAUGGCUGAACAUGCCAAUCAGAGAUUCUCAAAUAUGAGAACUGUAAAAGCUUUUAAUGCAGAAGCCCUGGAAUGUCACACAUUCCAUAAAAAACUUUUGGAAAUUAUGAAAGUCGCAAAACAAAUCGCAAUCUACAGUGGAAUCACAAGUUUUAUCGCAGUUGGAGCAGUUGGAACUUUAAUCCUGCUUAUGGCGCAUAAUAGUGCCUAUUUGGUUCUUUCUGGGUCCAUGAAGGUAGGAGACGUUACAUCUCUCCUAAUGUAUAGCGCCCUCAUUGGUGGAAGUGUUCAAGGAUUUACCUCUGGCUUGAGUGAAAUCCAAAAAUGCAUUGGUGCAUCCCAAGCUCUUCAGGAUAUACACAAAUGGGAGGCUAAAAUAAACGGGGAACAGGUCAAGAGUUAUAUGGAUGUUGCAGAAAAACAGACCUCUGUUUCGGAUUUGGAGAGAGUUAAAUCAGCCAUAAAGUUCGAUUCAAUUACUUUUUCAUAUCCAACUAGGCCUAAUGUUAAGGUUUUGGACGAUGUUUCAUUUUCUAUAGAGCAUGGAAAGAAACUCGUUGUAAUGGGUUCCACCGGGUGUGGGAAGAGUACUCUCUUCCAGCUGCUACUUGGUUUUUAUGAGCCAAAUUCUGGAAGCAUUUCUAUAAAUGGAAAGAAUUUAGCGGAUAUCGGAGACAAAAAUCUAAGGCAAGAAAUCUCAUGGGUUGAACAACUUGGAGUUUUGUUUGGUGAUACCAUAAGAUCAAACGCGACAUACUCUAUUGAUUCUACAAGGAUAAUGGAAAAGUCUAAACAGAUAGAGGAGGAAGAUUCUGUUACUUCUCUCAACAUAGAUGAAGACUUAGAAAAUUACAAGGUGGAUAACUUGGAAAAUAUCUAUAAAGUAGCUGAUUUGGAAAAGUUUUUAGACGGUCUUCCGGAAGGAGAUGAAACGUUGGUGGGACAAAAUGGCUAUUCCCUCAGCGGUGGCCAGAGACAGAGAAUUCUUAUUGCCAGAGCUCUUGUUAAGGACUCACCUAUUAUACUCCUGGAUGAACCAACAUCAGCCCUUGACAUAAAGUCUGAAAAUAUUAUCAAGACUAAUCUACAAACGGUCCUCAAAGACAAAACUGCCAUUAUAGUAACACAUCGCACUAGUUUGUUAUCUCUGGCCGAUUACAUUAUGUGUAUGGAUGGAGGUAAAAUUUGCCAAUUUGGUCCACGGGAUCAAGUUUUAGGAAACCCGUGUGACGCUCUUAGCAAGAUUGUUCCGAGACAGUACUCUUGA